AUGGAUGCCCUUAAUGCUAGAGAACAACAAGAUUUCCAGAAACUAGUGGAACAGAAACAAAUGAAGGACUUUAUGCGUCUGUACUCCAAUCUUGUGGAAAGAUGUUUCUCAGAUUGUGUUAAUGACUUCACCUCAUCUAAAUUGACCAGUAAGGAGCAAAACUGUAUUUUGAAAUGUUCUGAGAAGUUUUUGAAACAUAGUGAACGUGUUGGUCAACGUUUCCAAGAGCAAAACGCCGCUUUAGGUCAAGGUUUAGGACCUCAAUGA